AUGCUGCCCUUGGUGCUGGGGCUUCUGAGCCUCCUGUCCCCCUGGGGCAUUGGGGAUGUGGAGGCUGCAGCCCCCAGGCUGGAGUGCCUGGACAGGACCACACUUCAAGCUCUGUCUGAACAGGGGACUCUCUUGCUGAAGGCUAUCCAGAGAAAGGCCUCACUGGCUGUAGAGAGGGAGACGUUGGAAUACAGACGCAGGCUUCUGGAGUGCCAGGCUUGUGUUAACCACACCUCAGCUUGUCCUGGACUUUGGAGCCAGCAGCCCCAUGUGCACACCGUUCCUGGACAACAGAAGUUGGUGACUUGUGGCCUUCAGAGCCGUGGAACUGCCAAUGUGACAUGGGCCCGGGGCAGAAUUGUGGGGGGCAAGGCAGCAUCCCUAGGCUCCUGGCCAUGGCUGGUGUCACUGAGGAUGAAUGGGCAGCCCAUGUGUGGAGGUGUCCUAGUCGAGGAUGCUUGGGUCCUCACUGCUGCUCACUGCUUUGCAAGCCUUCAGAAUGAGCUCCUGUGGACAGUGACCCUGAACAGUCCCCCUGGGGAGAGGCAGGAGGAGGGGAUCCCUGUUAACCGCAUUCUGCCCCACCCCAAGUUUGAUCCCCAGACCUUCCAGAAUGACGUGGCUUUGGUGGAGCUGUGGGUACCAGUGCCACCAUCUGAGAGGGCAUGGCCUAUUUGUCUACCUGAGGAGCCCAGAGAGCCUCCAGCAGGCACCCUCUGCUCCAUUGCUGGCUGGGGAGCUGUCUAUGAAGAUGGACCUGCCGCUAAGGCCGUGAGGGAGGCCAGGGUGCCCUUGCUCAGCUUGGACACUUGCCGGACAGCUCUGGGGUCAGCACUUCACCCUAGCACCAUGCUCUGUGCGGGCUAUCUGUCUGGAGGAGUGGACUCCUGCCAGGGUGACUCAGGGGGGCCUCUGACAUGCUCAGUGGCUGGGCCCCCUCUGAGGGAGGUCCUCUAUGGUAUCACUUCCUGGGGGGAUGGCUGUGGAGAGCCGGGCAAACCCGGGGUAUACACCCGCGUGGCAGCCUUCAGGGACUGGAUCCGCCAGCAGAUGAGUGCGCCUCCUUCCAGUCGGGAGCCCAGCUGCCGGGAGUUUUUGGCCCUGGAUGCCCAGGAAGACCCUUCUGCAGAGUUCGCCCACCUCUGCGCCUUCUACGAGCGCUCCUGCCCCGUGCCUCGGGGAUCCGGCGCCUGUACCCGCCUGUCCCAGAAGAAAUGUCAGCUGCACAAGAGGAGAUGUGAGCUGCGGUCUCUGGUCCAAACUCUGCUGAGCCUACUCAGAGAUGCUCAGGACUUCUUCUCCCGCCACUUGGGUCUGCUUCGUCUUGCGCGAGCGCUGCCUCAGCUUGGCCUAGGGCUUCUGCAACAUUCCUGGCUUCCUCCCCGAGCUCCACGGCGAGGGCAGGGCACAGCUCCCCAAGGAGACGCUCCCCUACCCCAGGGGAGGCAGGAGCAGGAGGCAGAAGUGAAAGGCUGCCCUGGGCUGGAUGCUCUGGGCCAGAAGCUGGCUGCCCUUCAAGAAGCUCAUGCCUGGAUCCUACAAGUGCCCCCUGACCAGCUGGCUAUGGACUUUCAGGAGAUCCUGGCUGACCUGGGCUCCAGGACUCCGAGGGGACUCUUCCAGGCCCAAGUCAGGGCAGUCGUGGGGGGCCCUAGUGUCUUUGUCACCAUGAUCGGAUUGGAGCCAGCCACCCUCACUCAGAGCCUCCCUGGCCUUUUGGCCCAGGCCUUGAGGGCCUUCAGAGCUGGUUCCCCAACAUAG